AUGCCUCAAAUCGCAAUCAAUCACCUUGCUUCAAAAAUAGAGUCCGUGGAAACUGGUGGAAACAAAGCCAUGAAUAUUGCAGUAAGCUUUAACCAGGGAUCUAAAAUGCCUCAAAUCGCAAUCAAUUCUUCUUCUUCAAAGAUAGGGGCAUUGGAAAGUGGAGAUACACCUCUACAUAUUGCAGCAAGGAACAAAAAUAUUCGUAAGGUGGAAUCACUGUUGAAUAUACAAGGAAUAAACAAAGAUUCAGUUAACGAUGAAGGCUUAACGGCCCUUGACAUUGCAAGAGAGAACACAGAGCACCAUGAAUCUCACAAGAUAAUUAGAAAGCUAGCUAAUUAUCCCCCGAAGGGAAGGCAUUUCCUGUACAUCGCCUUAAAGGUAACCUCACAAAAGUAUGAGAAUGUCAUGAACUUGGUGAACAAAGCAUAUGAUGACAGGCGCAAUAAAGAACUAGUGGUGGCAGUGUUGUUAGCUACUAUGUCAUUUACGCCAGCCUUCACCAUUCCUAGUGGUUUUCAGAUGAAGGUAGGGAAUGGAGAAACAAAGGAAAUGAUUACCUUUCAUCACUGUAGUGUAUUCCAUGCUUGUGCACAAGCUCAAUAUGCUCGCUUGGUUCCUGAUUGGCUUCUUCACGAUCAUUAG